AUGCACAUCUCUGACAGGAAACAAGAAGGUGAUCCAGACAGGGCCGAGGAUCAGAUCAGUGCAUGCCGAUUUAAAAGCAAUGGUUAUGUCAUGUUGAAUAUCAGGAGGAGGGGCGUUCAAGAUGAACAGGUAAACAGCACUUCUCCCUCUCUCUCUGCAGCAUGUCUGACACGUUCUCAGUUUUGUUUCACACUUGGCAUGCAGGUCUGCGGAGCUCUCAGCGUCAGCUACACGCAGCCAAACAAACUGAUGUGUUUGUAUGUUUGGCUGCUGCGUCUCUCAGCCUUGUUUGAGUUCGUGAAUUCUGCCGACAAAUAGAGGAGUUUUUGGACGAUUGCCCUCUGAAGCUGCCUGAGGCUGAAUCCUGACUCCAAAGCGUUUAUCCCACUUUUAUUCGAACAAGCUGGACAAAAGAGCUCUCACUGGCUUUGUCAGCAAACACGUAUUAACAGCUGUGGCUUUGAAAUUUUCACUUCACUCUGUGAGGUUUCCAGUUGGAUGCACAUUUUGAGUUUCAGAGUCUCCACUUAGGAACACAGAACCUGAAAUUGAAAACAGAAAUUAGUUAUAAACAUCUAUUUACCAUUUCAGACAACCUUCUUCUGUGGGUAUUUACACCUUCAUUAAAAUGCGUUGCGUUUUGGAGAAAAUAGGGGGUCAUAAUUGCAGUAACCAAAUGGCUUUUAUAAAUACUUUUGUUGAUUAUCCUUAGAAAUGAAAACUGAAGUUGCAGAGGUUCCUUUGCAAUGCGCAUACGAUGCAAGAGUACAUCUUUUCAGAAGUCUGGUAUAUGAGCUAUUUGCUUGGUAUGGCUCACAGUUGAUGCAGUAUGUUUAAGUUUAGAGGCGUGUUAACACAUGUUAAGAGAUGCAGAUAAGCCCCCAUAGUUCUGAUCAAAUCCUGCUUUAGAGAGAAACAAUAAAUCUCUAUCCCGAUGGCUGCAUUAUUAAGAGCUGUGUUUGACGCCAACAGCACAUUGUGGUUGUUGUUGCAGUUAUCGUUGUUAAUAAAGUUUAUGAGACAGUGACUGAGGAUGUUGUGAACUGUGUGCAGCUGGUGACUUUCGCUGUCCCUAAAUGUCUCGCUGAGGCCCAGUUCCAGGCUGAAUUAUGGUGCACUUAACUCAGAGGAGAUUUCAUGUCUGUGCACACAUCAAUGAUACCAAUUUCUGCACUAGAUAUACAGCUUAAUUUCACCCCUCUUAAUGGCCUCAGUUAAAUGAGCCUAAUGACUCUCAUUAAUGUCGGGGCAGAGCUUGAAGAUUGUGACUGUGCUCAUCAGCAGCGUCCUCUACACGUACACUGUGUAUCUCUAUUAUGAGGGCUUGUCUGCGUGGGAAACAAAAUCUGUUUUAUUAGUUGUACGCCAUCAUUUUUAUGCGGUACAAGCAAUAAUUUUCUGGCUGUUGUGAAGGGUAUAUGCUGAAGUUCAAGGUAUUUUUCAGACUCCAUUGUGUGAAUCUACAUCCAGACGUUAAAGGGAUUUUCCGGCGUAAAUUAAAGUUAGGGUCAAACACACUGUAACACAGAGUUGGACACCUCUUCAAGAGGUCAAUGUUGCCGACUGCUUGCUUCCCUGGUUAUAACAACUUUAGUAAUGACCGCACAACAGCAAUACACAGCGGUCUGCGUCUUCAUAUGCAAACCUCAACCAAAAUGCCACUCUAUAGCCACAAAUAAUGCUCAGAACAGCACCUAACUUCAUCAACAGUACAUAUACACUCACCGGCCACUUUAUUAGGUACACCAUGCUAGUAACGGGUUGGACCCCCUUUUGCCUUCAGAACUGCCUCAAUUCUUCGUGGCAUAGAUUCAACAAGGUGCUGGAAGCAUUCCUCAAAGAGCUUGGUCCAUAUUGACAUGAUGGCAUCACACAGUUGCCGCAGAUUUGUCGGCUGCACAUCCAUGAUGCGAAUCUCCCGUUCCACCACAUCCCAAAGAUGCUCUAUUGGAUUGAGAUCUGGUGACUGUGGAGGCCAUUUGAGUACAGUGAACUCAUUGUCAUGUUCAAGAAACCAGUCUGAGAUGAUUUCAGCUUUAUGACAUGGCGCAUUAUCCUGCUGAAAGUAGCCAUCAGAAGUUGGGUACAUUGUGGUCAUAAAGGGAUGGACAUGGUCAGCAACAAUACUCAGGUAGGCUGUGGCGUUGCAAUGAUGCUCAAUUGGUACCAAGGGGCCCAAAGAGUGCCAAGAAAAUAUUCCCCACACCAUGACACCACCACCGCCAGCCUGAACCGUUGAUACAAGGCAGGAUGGAUCCAUGCUUUCAUGUUGUUGACGCCAAAUUCUGACCCUACCAUCAGAAUGUCGCAUUAGAAAUCGAGACUCAUCAGACCAGGCAACUUUUUUCCAAUCUUCUAUUGUCCAAUUUCGAUGAGCUUGUGCAAAUUGUAGCCUCAGUUUCCUGUUCUUAGCUGAAAGGAGUGGCACCCGGUGUGGUCUUCUGCUGCUGUAGCCCAUCUGCCUCAAAGUUCGACGUACUGUGCGUUCAGAGAUGCUCUUCUGCCUACCUUGGUUGUAACGGGUGGUUAUUUAAGUCACUGUUGCUAUUGCUUUCUAUCAGCUCGAACCAGUCUGGCCAUUCUCCUCUGACCUCUGGCAUCAACAAGGCAUUUCUGCCCACAGAACUGCCGCUCACUGGAUAUUUUUUCUUUUUCGGACCAUUCUCUGUAAACCCUAGAGAUGGUUGUGCGUGAAAAUCCCAGUAGAUCAGCAGUUUCUGAAAUACUCAGACCAGCCCUUCUGGCACCAACAACCAUGCCAUGUUCAAAGUCACUCAAAUCACCUUUCUUCCCCAUACUGAUGCUCGGUUUGAACUGCAGGAGAUUGUCUUGACCAUGUCUACAUGCCUAAAUGCACUAAGUUGCCACCAUGUGAUUUGCUGAUUAGAAAUUAAGUGUUAACGAGCAGUUGGACAGGUGUACCUAAUAAAGUGGCCGGUGAGUGUAGAGUCCCAGCCAUGGCACUAACCAUCAAACAUCUUUUUAGCUUUGCCCAAUUUCUUUAGCAAAGAGACCAAACACAACUCACCCACUCUCCUCCAGCAGCGGCUUGUUUGUGGGGGGAGCCCUGACAAGUCAGUCACCGAGUGCAGCAGAUAUGCACCGGAUUAUCCCUUUAAGCUGCUAAUUUUCAAGAUGGCACACUCAGGAAAAUUCAAUAGUCACACCGUCAGAGCUCAUCAUGGCUUUGCUGUUUCUCACCCAGUGUGCAGUCUGAUAGAUCCCACUGAUGAUCCAAGGGUAAAACCAGCACUGUACACCAUUACUGAUCAAUUAAAAUAAAAGUCAAUACUUGACACCGACUCAGAUCAAUAUGUAGACGGGCUUCCUGAUGUGGUUGUAACCAAAGUAGGCUCAUUAUAGAGACAGGGGUAAAGCACAUCAAGAGGGACAUUUGACAGGAAAUCACUGCCUGCUGAUCAAAACACGACUGAUCAGAACGCUGCAGAGGAAAGAUGCUCUGUCGUCUUCAUCCUUGUCCUCCUCUUCCUACUGUUGCUAUAUCCCAGUCCAACGAGGGACUUAACAGCUAAACCCUGCAGACUAUUUUCAGAUUACAAGCUGCUGUCAACAAGUGCACAGGGAGCCAGUGUGCUGAGUUUCGCAGGCAAAAAAACCAGGAAUUUGUGCACAAGAGUCCUGUUUUUCAAAGCCUCUAGUGGUAUCAUUACCUUGUUCAGACACUGUAAAGGAGCUGUGCACACUCCAAAGGCCUUUGGAUCAAGUACCCCUCAGAAAAGAACUUAUAGCAUCACAGCACAAACUCAUUUACAUAGACUCAGCAGGUCAUAGAAAGUCUUGUCUCUGAGAAAUAUUUUAAAUGUUUCUAAGUGGUUGUUUUGAGUAGAGGUAUUGCAAAGAGAAACUGCAGCUGCACCCAAUUUUUUUUUUUUUUAUAUAAUGUCCACUUCAACUUUUAGGGAUCUUUCUUUUUGCUUUAUUGCAAUGAUAUGUCUCUUUAUAUAAAGAAAAAGACAGAAAACAUCAUAGUGUUGUUAUAUAUCAUGUGGCUGGAAAGCUCUACUAGGUUUUGCAUGGCAAAGCAGUUAACUGGUACAACUACAUCUCUGCUCUGCAUGUUUCAAAAUCUGUGCAUUCAUGCAUCGCAGAUUAUAAGUGCAUCAAAUUUCUGCCAGAGUCCAGCUGAAGAGGCCACUUCUGCUAAUUCUUCCCCCUUGAUUUUGUUUAAUCUCAACACAGUAUUGAGCAGGCUUUUUCAUGAAGAUUAACCUCAAAGUCAAUAUACUGACAUUUAUUUGGUCUCAUUGCACAUUUGGGCAACCAAAUCUAAUUAAAACUAUCAAUGCAUGUGGAGUAAUGACCUCUCAAGAGCCCUCACAUUUCAUUCUGUGAGGAGCAACGAUUAACUUCAGGGUGAUAGGAUGUGAGUAAUGUGUGUAGGUGUGAGGUUAUAGAAGGACUAUGAGGAGGUGGAGAACACGUAGCGUAACAUUUAACAUUUUCUGCAUUUCUUGUCCUUUUUCUGCCAAAAAAUCCAAAUCUUUGGCUUCCAGAUUAUAUGUAUGUUAAAAUAAAAUUGAGCCACUCUGAGAAAAGUGGUGUUUCCUUUCAUAUUAGUAUAAAUUCAAUGUAUUCUUCAGCAUUAUUCAGAUAGCUUAGCUGCUCUCACACACACAGGGCCACAUGUUGUUUCAAAUGUUCCUCCAUUUCAACCACAGCCAAGAUCUAUACAGUCCUCUCCGGGUCUCUGAGGCUGCUGCUUUGACAAGCAGUGGGUGUUUAGUUCCCCAAACACUCACCACAUAUCAGACUGGGUCAUGGCCUGCUGCAGACCUCUGUCUCUCACUGUCCUGACAUGCUCCUUUGGGAGGUGUUACAAUGACAUAAAUAACUCUGUACUGCCCACAUUUAUGAGUAUGAGUCCUCGCUAUCACUGCUGCUCAGACCCACAUAUGAAACGUGUUCAUGGACGCAGACUUUCUAUCAAGAGAAAAAAGGAAAAAUUUAAGCCUUGAUUUGAACUCUAGGGGAAAGUUCAUAUUUGAACUGUAAUGACCUGUUCAAAGUCUUUAUAAGAUAGUUUCCCAGCACAUCAGCCUGCCUGAAGUAGCUCCCCUUAUAAUCCAGCACUGUGCACGCUCAUCGUAACUUGGCCAAUCCAUGCACUCUUGACCUCAGUAAUGUUAUUCAACAAAAAUGGAAAACAUAGUCAAAGAUGCUGCUCUGAGUGAACAAUCCCAAAGAAAACCAAAACUUCUUAAAAGUGCUGUAAGGAAGUAUUUUGGGUUUCACACGGUUGAUGGAAAAAUAAAAGACAAAAAAUGGGCAGUAUGUCAAAAGGAAUGACUACAAAUUUAAGGAUUUGCACCCCAUGUGAAUUGGCGGCACCACCACCAACAGCAAUUCUCCAACCCUGGCGUGUCUGUCUGCCUUUUUUACCCUUUGCCAAUGACCAUCAAUAUUAUCCUUCAAAUCCUUUAAAAUAUCAUUGAAAUCACAUCUAAUCAUGUCUUAAACACGUCAUUAUCUGUUAUGUUCAUGUUUCUUUUCUUUUUAUGUAUACUUACAAUUUCUCUAUCUCUGGUUGGGCUGGUUGAUGAUUAGUCUUUGUUCUAUUUAUGACAAUUUGUAUAUGGUUUGACCUUUCCCUACUCAUUGUACAUUUAUAAACUAUGUCCUAAUUAUUUUGUUGUUUGCACCCUAUGCCUUUACUGCCCUGACAGGAGUGAAACUCUGUAUAAGCCUAUCGGCUAUGUUCCCUCCUUGCACUGUUUUUAAUCUGUGCUAAUUAAAUACAAAUACAAAUACAAUCAGUUACAAAACUGUGAAAGUCGUCAUGUUUAAUAUUAAAGUUGAUAUUUUGAAAAAUCGACCGCCCUAGCCUCCUUAUAUAUUUUUUUAUUCAUGGUGUACUGCUCUGUUAUUGAACUGGUGGGAUACCUCACACAGACAUUGGAUGGCUCAAACAUAACACAAAGAAGUAACCCUGAGACACACACAGUGACAGAUAUCAGUGUUUGCUGCAUCCAGAACGACAGCUGAUACCUCAGGAAGAACAGGACAGAUGCAUCUUAAAUUUAUCCCCCUUCUCAGUACACUGAUUCUGACAUUUCUGCAACACUCAGAGGAAAACAUCUGUGCAGCAAGACCUUCUCCUUCAUAAGAAUCCAUUUUUUUUUCUCCAGGCUGCUGUGCAUAUUUGCACAUUUACCUGCUAUGUGUCUGCGUAUAUCUGCUUGUGUAUGCAGGGAGCAGAACAAAGUGAUUAAAAUGUCAGAGACCACAGUUACAUAGUUUUAGCGUGCAUGUUAUUUUUUCUGUGUUUCCAGAAAGUUCUCCGACUGAGCCAGAUUGUAUCGACACUUAGUUUUAACAGAAACCCUCCCGCUGUGUUGUUAAAGAAAGUUCCAGUCACCCAGGACAUCCACGAGGUAAACACAGACAGUCUCAGCUGGUGCUCUUUUCACAGGAUGUUAUUUUAGUCCCUUUUUUUAAUCACUUUCUUUCAGAUCCAGAAUCUGUCUCCACUCUCUUUGAAAAGCGGAAUCAAAGCAGAUCUGUUCAAGCAAGAACCUGAGCUCUGA